AUGUGCAGCCAUGCGCUGAAUAUCUCUGUUGCACGGCCAUUGAUUGCAAUCUGCGGGACGACCGGCGUGGGCAAAUCAAAGUUGGCUAUCGAGCUUGCCCUCGCCUUAGCGGAGGGUCGGAAACAAGGCUAUCAUGGUGCAAGGAUCAUCAAUGCGGACUCUAUGCAGGUCUAUGCAGGGGUGGAUGUCAUCACAAACAAGGUCCCAUUCGAGGAGAGGUGUGGUGUUGAGCAUGUGUUGAUGGAUUUCAAAAAACCAGGCGAGCAGUACAUCGUCACCGAAUGGGUCCGGGAUGCUAUAGAAGCUAUUGAUGAGGCCCACAAACAAGGUAAAAUCCCCAUCGUGGUAGGCGGAACGUCGUAUUGGAUGCAAAAUCUUAUCUUCCCGAACCGACUGGCAUCCUUUGGCCAGACAACACGGCAGGUAUCCCCCCCUGGAAUUCUUCCUCCAAUGUCCGAAGAACUGGCGCAAGCCGUGGCGUCCCUCCCACCUGAGCUGCUAGAUCUAUAUAAUGCUCUCCCUGAGCAACCCCCUUCUGCUGAGACAGAGCCGGAAGCUGCGACCUCUCUAUAUGCACUAUUAUCUAUCAUCGACCCUGAAAGGGCAAAAAGUUGGCAUUGGAGGGAUACCAGAAAGACAUUGCGGGAAGUGUGUAUCAUUCGUGAGAAUGGUCGUACGUCAACCGCCAUAUUCGCCGAGCAGGCACAAGUUAUUGUUCCACCAAGGUAUCGAACACUAUGCCUUUGGCUCUACGCCAAUACAACAGAGCUGUUUCCCCGCUUGAAUGCCCGUGUUGACCAGAUGAUAGAGCAAGGCCUUCUCCAAGAAAUCCAAGCGUUGAGAAGUGUCGCCUCACCUUCUGCAUCCUCCUUCAGCCAGAGUGAUGCAGAAGACUCGGAUGCGGAGGAUAUCGACCACACACUUGGAAUCUACCAGUGCAUCGGAUUCAAGGAAUUUUUUGAGUAUCUAAACGCAACUGCACCCUCUGAGAAGUUAUUCAACGAGGCCGUCGAACGUAUGAAGGUUGCCACCAGAAGAUACUCACGGAGGCAGAUUAGUUGGAUUCGAAACCAGAUGCUGCCUCUGGCAUACAAAGCCAACGCUCGCAGUCAAGCCGAAAGUGAGACCGUCGUAACUCCUGUGUAUCUGCUGGAUGCAACAGAACUCGGGGACACAUGGACUACGAAUGUCGGAGACGUUGCAGAACAACUCACACACGACUUUUUGAAUGACAAGGAGCUGCCAGACCCCUUCUCACUUUCCGAGACCGCUCGGCAUAUGUUAAACAUUGAAGAAAAUCUCACCAACGCAAGGCGUAAAGUGACCUGUGCACUCACUUGA